AUGUCGGAUGCCGAAAUAAUGAAGAUCGACCCCUCGAGAGCGGCAGCUCUAGUGUCACAGGUCAAGACGGUGCGCUCACGCAUCGCCCACGCCGCCCACGACCGGGAUGUCCGCCUCGUCGCCGUCUCGAAGCUGAAGCCGGCCAACGAUAUACUGGCGCUGGCGCGGCAGGCCGAGCCGCCGCAGCUCCACUUCGGUGAGAACUACGCCCAGGAGCUGGCGCAGAAGGCCGAGCUGCUGCCGCGCGACAUACGCUGGCACUUCAUCGGCGGCCUGCAGUCGGGACACUGCAAGAACCUCGCCAAGAUCCCGAACCUGUGGUGCGUCUCGAGCGUGGACACGGAGAAGAAAGCGCAGCUCCUCGACCGGCACCGGGGGGAGCUCAUCGCCGCCUCCUCUUCCUCUUCUGACCCGCCCCCCGCCAAGCUCAACAUCCACGUGCAGGUCAACACCUCGGGCGAGUCGUCCAAGUCCGGCUGCGCCCCAGGCGCCGCCACCCUGGCCCUGUGCCGCGCCGUCGAGGCCGCCCCCAGCCUGCACCUGCUCGGCCUCAUGACCAUCGGCGACAUCGGCCGGAGCCUUGCCGCCGCCCCUGCUGCGAGCCCGGACGAGGGUGCCGCCGAGCCCGAAAACGAGGACUUCCGCCUCCUCCGCCAGCAGCGCGACGAGGUCGCCUCCGCUCUCGGCCGCCCCCUCGAGCUCAGCAUGGGCAUGAGCGCCGACUUCGAGGCCGCCCUCGCCGCCGGCAGCGACGAGGUCCGCGUCGGCAGCACCAUCUUCGGCUCGCGGCCGCCGAGGCCCGAGGCCAAGAUUAAGGAAUGA